GGCUACUCAUGGGGCUGGCACCUUCUGUCCAGCUAGGGCUUGGGCCAGCAGAAUAGACCCCCAGAUCCGUGGCCCUGGAUCAGACUUGCCCCACGGGUGGGUUUGUGGCCGGGAUAAGGCCACCGCCACCGAGCUGACUUCCUGGGUUUCUCUUUCAGUUUGACUUGCACCAGGAGGGGCCAUGACACCUAACUUUUUUUUUUUUUUUUUUUUAAUCUUUUAAGUCUUCUUUCUUACUCAGCUUCAACAUGUUCAGGGGCGAGGACGGGGUGGCUGGCGGAAGUUCAUCUGGGCCUGCAGGCCUCUGUGUGGGCUCAAUGGGGCAGGCGUGGGCCAGGCUGGUCCCCCUCCUUCUGCUCCUGCUCCCAGGGCGAGGCGGUGAGUGCCCCACCCUGACACCAUGGCUCUUCUUGCUGGGCGGCAAGUGUGUGGAGGGUUGUGGACCUGGGAUCUGGGCUGAAGCCUGCAGUACCAGUGGGUGCUGUUUUCAGGACCCGCCGUAUCCGGAUGCAGACUCAGGCUCGGCUUCAGGCCCCAGGGACCUGAACUGCUACCGGAUAGUCAGCGCUGGUUAUGAAUGUUCCUGGAAGUAUGAGGGCCCCGCGGCUGGGGUCAGCCACUUCCUGAGGUGCUGGACGCCAAACUCAGCACCAACGCUCCCCUCGCGCAGCCUCAAGUCUGGGCACUGCUGCUACUUCGCCGCGGGCUCAGCCACCAGCCUGUGGUUCUCUGACCAGGACGGCAUAGCUGUGUUUCAGCCCGUCACGCUCUGGGUGGAAUCUCGAGCCGAGAACCGGACGCAGAAGUCGCCUAAGAUCACCCUGAAGCUUCAUAGCGCAGUUAAAUACGACCCUCCGUCAGCCAGCGACAUCACCGUGUCUGGGUCCGCGGGGCAGGUGCUCUUGAAGUGGGAGACCCCAGCCCGCCAGGAUUGCGCCGAGGUGCAGUUCCGGCACCGGACACCCGGCAGCCUGUGGAAGUUGGGCAACUGCGGACAUCAGGAGGAUGCUGGCUUCGAGUCCUGCCUAUGCCCCUUGCGGACGGACGCUGCCCAGGAAUUCCAGCUACGCAGGCGGCGACUCAGGCCGGGAGCCCCAGGAGACCCCUGGAGCAGCUGGAGCAGCCCCGUGUGUGUCCCCCCUGAACAUCCCCCAAAGCCCACCUUGAGGUUCUCGGUGGAGGCGCUCCGUCCACAUGGGAGGAGGCAGGUGACCCUGCACGGGCAGCUGCCCCAGCUUGAGCUUCCAGAAGGCUGCCUCGGGUCCAACUCUGGCGGGGAGGUGACCUACCGCGCCCGCCUGCACAUGCUGUCCUGCACGUGUAAGACCAAGUCCACAAUGACCUUUCAGCUGAGGAAACCACUCAACCUCUCUGGCGCAGCGUAUGACCUGGCUGUUGUCUCCCAGAAUCGCUUCGGCCCUGGCCCCAACCAGACGUGGCACAUUCCUGCCCAAACCCACACCCACACAGAACCAGGGGCUCUGAAUAUCACUGUGGGAGCCAACGGGACCACCAUGCACUGGCCAGCCCAGGCCGGGGCCAAGGCAUAUUGCAUUGAGUGGCAACCCCAGGGCCAGGACAGGAACCUUACCAACUGCACACUGACUCCACCCCAGGACCCGGACCCUACCGGAAUGGCAACCUACAGCUGGAGCAGAGGAUCUGGGGCAAUGGAGCAGAAGGUGUGUUACCACAUCAUGAUCUUUGCCUCUCCACGCCCAGAGAAGCCCAUCUCGUGGUCCACAGUCUUGUCCACCUACCACUUUGGGGGCAAUGUUGCAGCCUCGGGGGCCGGACGCCCACAACACGUGUUGGUGAAGAAGCUCAGCCAGGACUCCGUGUCUGUGGACUGGACACCAUCCCCGCUGAGCACGUGCCCGGGGGUCCUGAAGGAGUACGUCGUGCGCUACCAGGAUGAGGAGGAAAACCUCACGUCUGAGCUGCCCGUGAAGCCCACAGAGACCCAGGUCACCCUUGGUGGCCUUCGGGCUGGCACAGCCUACACCGUGCAGGUUCGCGCAGACACGGCGACGCUGCAGGGCGCCUGGAGCCAGCCCCAGCCAUUCAGCAUCGAAGUCCAGGUUUCCCGGUUGUUCGAUUUGUCCAUACUCCUCGUGUCUCUGGGGAGCUUCGCCAGCAUCCUUCUCCUGGGCGUCAUUGGGUACCUCAGCCUGAACAGGGCUGCGCGGCACCUGUGCCCACCCCUGCCCACACCCUGCGCCAGCACUGUGGUCGAGUUCCCUAGCAGCCAGGGCAAGCAGGCUUGGCAGUGGACAAGCCCCGCAGACUUCCCAGAGGAGGUGUCCCUGAAAGAGGCCUUGGUGGUGAACAUGUCCUGGGAAAAAGGUGAGGGAACUGACCUGGACACACCUGCUGGGGAGGUGAAGACACAGCUGCUUCGGGGCACUCCUGAACUGGCCUUGGACACAGAGCUGCCCCUGGAGGACAGGAGACAGGUGCAAAGCCACCCCGAGUCUCGGGCUCUGGGGCCGGGCAGGCAGGAGGGUCUGGAGGGCAACCCUGCCCAGGUGGCUGGACUCUCACCGCCCUUGGGAGACCUGAUACAGACCCCCAUAUUCAGUGGCCCUUCGCAUGUGGGCCCGGAGGCCUGAGGGAGAGAGGGGAAAGUCGGCCUCCUCCUUCAGGCAGGAAGACGGAAGGGGGCUGAUUAUUAAGCAAACAUUGCAUACCCAGCCUGUUCCGUCUAGACACUCACGUGAUGUCCUGAUUCCCCGUAACCACCUCGAGAGGUACAUGGCUAUUCUAUUUUACAGAUAUGACCACUGAGGCUCAGAGAGAGCAAGUGGCUAGCCUGAAGCUAGGGUAGCGCAGGCAGGAGUCAAACCUGGGCCGAGUGACCCCGUUUCCCCGUCCCGGCCCCUCCCCUCCGGCCAGCACAGGUUGCGCCACGCCCGUGGUGGGACCUCUAGGAAGCACCAUGAAAAGGAAGCUGCCACACCCCCUGACACCCAUGGGGAAGGGACAGAACUUUUCAGGGUAGAAUAGAUUGGAGGGGGGCCCAGAGGGGGCUCAUGCCGAUCCCAAGACCCUAGGCUGGAUGCUGUGUCCCAGGAGCACUUGACGGGGAGUCCGGGCACAGAGCUCCUGCUGCACUGCAGGGUCCAACCCCGGAGGAGGAUCGAGUCGUGGGAAAACAAGUGGGGCCUUAAGCGUUCGGAGGGAGGUGCUGGCCCCUCCUCCGCCUCAGUCUCCUCCCCCGUAGAAUGGGGGUGAGGAUAAUAUUGAACUCGCAGGUCUGUCAAGAGGGGUCUACGGCUUAAUAAAUGGGCCUUCUGUUGGGUAACCCUCCCCUGGCUGAAGCCUGCACGGACUGUUCAAAACUCCCCAGUAGGGGAGUUCAUUCAUUCAUUCCACACGCAUUUAUUCAUCUCUCCCUCUGGGCGCCCUCAGGAGCGCCCGGUCUGGGGGAAACAGAACGGGAUGAUCACUCGGAGCUCUGCAGAGUCAGGAAGGGGCAAGGGGAGCGAAGGCCCGAGGGGGAGUGGGAUUUGGUCCCCCCCAAAACAGGAGCUUUGGUUCUUCCCCCAGCCCCGCCCCUCUUAGUGGUCCAUCGGUUCUCCGCCCAGGGCUCAGUUCGGGAAUUGGGGUUCCCCCUUUCUCCUGACACCCAACGCCCCACAGCAGGAACGCGUGCCCCCCAUUCGCACCCGGAAUCUGCCCUUCUCCAGUCCCCUCCCUCCCCGCAUUGUUAAACGAGUCGUCUCGGAUUCCCCCCGUGGCCACCAGGUGGCAACAGCAACACGUGUCUCCCAGGCCUAGACGGGGUGCGGGGGGAACCCCCCCCCCGCCGCCUGCUGCGGAGUUUGCAAAACAGACUUUUCCGGUGUUAAGUGGGGGCGGGAGGGGUUAGGGAGGGGUGGAGAUUAGAACCCAGAGCCACUGGGUUGUGGCAAAAGGACCUGAAGCCUCUGGGUGAGAGGGGUCUGGCCCCACAGGCUGGGAGACUAGAGGUCCAGGCCCCGCCUCUUUGGGGGGCCCCAGUUUCCCAUAUAUGCAUCUAGAUGGGGAGACAGAAGCCUUGGCCCUAAUGACUGCUCCCUGUUCCGCGCACGCUCCCUUCCUUGAAUUUGCCACCUCCCUGCCAGGCAGGCCUUCCCUUGAGAAUCAGUUCUCAUUUUUUGGUGGCGGGACCAAGUGGGCAGACAGGAACGGAUGCUGGGUCAGCGGCCUCGUAAUAAAGACCUGAGUAAAAAAGCCCCCGGCUCAGAGCUACCCCCUCAAGUCCAGGACCCCACACCCACGCCUACCGUCCCUGUAAAACCUCCAGGAAAGCUAAAAGCCCCCACGUAGGCUGCCCCAGUCCUGGGCCCACACAGAACAACAGAACCCUGUUUGGUGGCCCCUGAAGUUAACAAACCCACACCUAGGCACAGACCCCUGCGUACAAGGAGUAGGAGAUAGACAUUUAUUUAGCACCAUCUGGAACUCUUGCUGUUGUGAAUGGAAAAGAUAGACACCUUGCUUCCACUUGGGCGGCGGGGAGGCUGAAACUGCCUUGGGAAAUCCGAAGCUUUCGGGGAGGACAGCAGCUCAAACAGAUGGCUCCCUUGUCCCUGGAUCCAGCCAUGCCUGAAGCCCACCAUAUAUAUAUAUAUAUAUAUAUAUAUAUAUAUAUAUAUAUAUAUAUCCAGGAGAUACCCUUCUGGGUCUCUGUUUGCCUGCCUAUAUAAUAGGAAGGGGUUCAGAGCACUGGUUUGGGGUCCCUACCUCAGUAGGUUGAGCAACCCUGCUUAGCGGAGCCCUGGCCCCCCGUUUUUUGAGCACCCGCUGUGUACUCACUACUCUAGGGUCUGAAUAUCCUUCCCUCAGCUCCUCCCAGAAGCUCCAGGAGUCAGGACUGUAGUAGACCCCAUUUCACAUCUGUAUUCAUUCCUUGAUUUGUGAAGUCAGUGUUGAGCACCUACUGUAUGCCAAUAUAUACAGGUCGGAAUCAGUUCUGUCAUGAGGGGCUUCUGGUGGGCUGAGGAAGGCAGACGCUAAUCUAAUCACCAAUAACCCCGAGAGAGUGACGAGCGAAAGUGUGAACAGUGGGUGAGAGAGAGCUUCCUGGAGGGGGUGAUAUCAAGAUGGUGAGGGGAGGCCAGCAAAACGAGAGAGCAAAGGCCCUGAGGCAGAUGUGGUUGAUGGGGGAGUGAGUGAGCCAGGGGGAUAGAGGUCACUAUUGGGGCCGAGGGAGUUUAUUCCUAGGCUGGCGGGGGGGGGGGGGGGGGCUGGAGCAGGAUUGUUGAGGCCCAAUUUGUGAGUUGUUCAAAGAUUCUUCCUGCUGCUGUUCACAGGAGCAGGACUCAGCCUUACUGGCCUCAGGGUUCUGGUCUGUAAAAUGGAUAAGGAGGCCUCUCCAGAGCCCUUGGCCCCUUCUCACUCCCUCUCCUCUGUCUCUAUCUCUCUUAAGUCUUAUCAGAGAGAGAGGCUGCCUCAGUUUACCUCCCCAGAUACCUCCCUCCUCUAUUUCUCCAGUGGCCUCUGCGUUUGGUCAGAAACAUUGUCUCUGUCUCUGCCCUCGAGCCAGGAUGGGGCUGCGGUAUCAGCGGCCCCUGGGGACCCUGGGCUGUGGGAGAUGACACACAGGACAGCCAUGGCCUGGUGUCUCACACGUAACUGCCGGAGCCCUGCAGAUGACAGGGAUGCCCUGCCCCCAACUGUGCGCCUUUGUUCAUUCCUCCUUUUUUGUUUUUCCGUGGUUUUUUUGUUUUUGUUUUUUUAGAGAUAUCCACAUACCAUACAAAUCACCCUUGCAAAGUGAACAAUUCCGUAGCAUUUGAUGCAUUCACAACGUUGUGCAACCACCACCUUUGUCUAAUUCCAGAACAUUUUCAUCACCUCAAAAGGAAACCCUGUGCCCACGAGCAGUCACUCCCCCUCCCGCCACCCCAGUCCCUGGCAACCACCAAUCUGCUUUCUGUUUCUAUGGAUUGGCCUGUUGGGACAUUUCCUAUCCAGGGGAUCACACAGCACAUGGCCUUUUGUGUCUGUUCUUUUGUGGAAGAAACAGCAUCAUGUUUUUGAAGUUCAUCCCCAUUGUAGCAUGAAUCAGAACCUCAUUCCUUUUUAUGGCUGAAUAAUAUUCCACUGUGGGGAUGGAUUGCUGUUUAUUUCUUCAUUCAUUCCUUGGUGGGCACCCCCGGGGGGUUCCACCUUCUGGAGAUUGUGAGCAGUCAUUUCCGCUGCUGUGAGUAUGGUUUACAGGCUUUGGUGUGAACACCUGUUUUUAAUUUUCUUAGUACUAGCCUAGGCGUACAAAUGUUGGGUCAUAGGGUAAUUCUGUGUUUAACUUUCCUUCUCGAGGUGCUGCCGAUUCCCAUCAGCAAUGUGUGAGGGUUCAGAUUUCCCCACAUCUUCAUCAAUACCUGUUAUUUCCCAUUUGGGGGGCGGGGAGCCAUCCUAGGGUGGGGUGGUGUCUCACUCUGGUUUGAUUUGCCUUUCCCUGAGGACUGCUGGUGUUGAGCACCUUUUCGUGUGCUUAUUGGCCAUUUAUUAUAUCUUUGGAGAAAUCUCUAUUUGAAUCCUUUCCUUAUUUUUAAUUGGGUUAUUUAUCUUUUUUAUUAUUGAGUCCUAAGAGGUCUUUAUAUAGUCUGGAUAUUGAUCCCUUGUCAGAAGAUUUGUAAAUAUUUUCUCCCACUCUGUAGGCUACCUCUUCACUGUCUUAAGAGUGUCCUUCUAGACAAAAAAAAAAAAAAAAAAAAAAAAAAACAUUUUUUUUUUUAAUUUGAUGGAGACCAACUUACGUGUUCCUUUGGUUGCUCGUGAUUAGGUGUCAUACCCAAGAAUGCGCCUGGUCCUCGCGCAUCUCUCCCAUCCUUCUGCCCCCGGCGUCUCCCUCUGGUCCGCAACCCCCCUCCCACUGGCGCUGGGGCAUCUGCGCCCUAGUCCCCCAACCAGGAGGCCUCCCGGGCAGGCACCCAGCCGCCUCCAUCAAUGUUUCAUAACGAACGGAGCGCACGGAACCUUGGCACUGACGUGGGAAACCCCGCCCGGAACCAUCUGCCCCUUGGCGCCCCCUGUGGCCACGCGUGGGGGUCGCGACCGCGCUGGGCCCCACUGUCCCGGUGGACCAAGCAAGACCCGGGCGGGGUGGGGGUGGGGGGAGACGGCACUUGCUGGCCCCCGUGCUGGGGCGAGGGCGUGGGUCGCGCCCUGAGCCCUCCCCACCCUGGCCGGGAGCUGCUCCUGGCUCCCCGCCCGCCCUGGGCUGACCCUGCCGGCGGGAACCGCCUGCUACCGCGGGGCCGCUCCUGCCGAAACCAAAACACCCAGGAGGAGGGAAGAAAAACA